AGAGCACACAUCUUUGGGCGUGAGCUCUCAAUGCAAACAAAACCAUCCAGCUGAUGUAUUUUACAGCACACAAGUCUUUGAAGCAAAGAGCUUGUGCAACCAGUACGAUACUAUGGAGAGGAGAGCUCAAGCCCUAAAAGACUACAUACUGAAGCAGCCUGUUUGGAAGAAGGAGAACCUUAAUCCCAAAACAUGGUUAAAAUCAGACCACGUCAAAGGUUUCACUGACUUUAUUUUGCCAAAGGAUAUUGGUGAAGAUGGUGGUUAUGAUAAUAAGGAGAUGUUGCUGGAGGUGGAGAAAGACUUCAUAGAAGCAGCAAAGAGAAACGACGUGGAGGGCAUGAAGCUUCUAGUGAAAGGCGUUAAUGUCAAUGCCAAGAAUGUGCACGGUCGAACUGCUCUUCAUUAUGCCGUGGCCUUCAGAAAUGUGGAAGUUGUUGAUAUGCUCCUUCGAAGGAGAGCCAAACUAGAUUUACAAGAUAAGCACGGACUGACUGCUGUCCACUUAGCAGCAUGGUUUGGGAGUUUGGAAAUCCUUAAGUUACUUGUUCAAGGUGGAGCUGACCAAAGCGUUGAAAAUACGGAGGGCCUGAACAUGAUGCACUGCGCUGCCAUGAACAAUCACACUGAUAUUGUAGAGUACAUCGUUGAUGACCUGCAAAUGGGAGAACUUGACAAAGAAGAACAAUAUGGUAACAGACCCUUUGCCCUGGCCGCAGCACACGGCUGUGUUCGCAUGCUACAGAUGCUGAAGGAGGAACCUUACAACAUGGCCACCAUGGAGGAAAAUAAGGUUGGAGACACACCUCUGCAUCUGGCAGCAAAGCACGGUCAACAUGAAACACUCCACCUACUUCUAGACAACUUUGACAUUCGCAAUGAUGUCAACCAGGCAGGGCAGACCGCUCUGUAUCUUGCUGCAGAUGGAGCUCAUGAGGACUGUGUACAAGCCCUUCUGGAGGCACAAUGUGACCCAAACAUCUCUACCUUAAGCAGAAGCAGCCCUCUGCAUCCAGUCUGUGAGAGGGGACACUUUCCAAUUGUAAAACUCCUCCUGAAUAGUGGAGCCCAAAUAAACGCUCAGGACCAGCAUAUGCAGACUCCAUUCCAUCUAGCAGUGAAGAACGGUCAUAUUCCUGUAAUCCACACCCUACUUGAGGCUGGCUGUGAUCCAAACACAACAGAUCAUAUGGGACAAACUGCACUCCAUAUCGCUGCUGAGAUGGGGAAGGUGGAUGUGGUCGAGAUGAUUCUGAAAGCCGAGGUGGAUCUGGAGAUUCAGGACAGGCAAAAUAAAACAGUUCUUGGAGUGGCGGCGAGGGGGGAUAUGGUUAUAAUUGUGGACAUGAUCAUCAAAGCUGAGAGAUAUUUCAGAUGGAAGUGCAAUUAUCAAAUGAAUAAUACAGAUCCUAUUGAGAGCCUUCACAGCGAAUCACCAUUGACGUUUAAAUUAGAUCACUCCCCUGACACGAAUCCGCUGCGUGAUAUGAUAUGGGAGCUCGCAUACAAAUACCUCAAGCGGAAUGACUGGAAGAAGUUGGCAGAGCUCUGGGAGUUCACAGAGGAUCAGGUGGCUGCCAUCGAGGAGCAGUGGACAGGUCCUAACAGUUUCCAAGAGCAUGGGAACAGGAUGCUUCUGAUUUGGCUUCAUAGAGUCGUGAUAGAAGGGAGCAACCCAGCCAAAGGCCUGUAUGAGGGGCUGCUUUCUGUUGGGAUUACAAAGAUUGCUGGUAGGAUGUUUUUACUCAUCUUUACAGAAUGCCGUUAUUUUUGUUUUCAAUGUCUUGAAGGACGUAUCAAUUAUAAAUGGUAUAGUAUGUGCUUUUAAAUGGUACAUUUAUUAGAGAGUGAGUUUUACACAGUCAUUUAUAAUGUCCCUUACAUUAAAAAUAGCAGAAAGGAAAGAGUGAAAUCUCAUUACAUACAUUUUUGUCUCAUCCCCAGAAAAAAUAAGAAUGGAGGGAACAAACGCUGAUGCAAGGAAAUGCACAGUUUCAUGAAUCCAUGAUGCUACAGAAAAUGUUUGCUUUAUUUCCUAAUUGACGCAUGGAGAUCCAGCAGCUAACUUUAAUAAAACCUGUGAAUUAAGAUA